GGGGAAGCCCCCAGGAAGUCCUCGCUGGGCUUCCGUCUCCGGUGUCAUGGCGGACUCCUACGCUGAAGGCGUGCUAGCUACCCUCGACGGCAAGAGACAGCAGUUCGGGAGCCGGUUUCUGAGAGACCCGGCGCGCGUCUUCCACCACAACGCCUGGGACAAUGUGGAGUGGUCGGAGGAGCAGGCCGCAGCUGCUGAGAGGAAAGUGCAGGAGAACAGCGCCCAGCGGGUGUGCCCGGAGAAGCAAGUUGAUUAUGAGGUCAAUGCCCAUAAAUACUGGAAUGAAUUCUACAAAAUUCAUGAAAAUGGGUUUUUCAAGGAUAGACACUGGCUUUUUACCGAAUUCCCCGAACUGGCACCUAGCCAAAGCCAAAGUUCCCUGAAGGAUUUGUCCACAGACAACAAGAAGAACGAAAUCUCUGAAUGCGGAGGCAGUGAGAAAGGACCUGGUCUGGCCACAGAAAAACAGCGCAAGUGUUCUUGUGGCAGCCUCAGAUGUAAAGCCCACAUGCCUCCUGUGGAAGAGAAUGUAACUCAGAAGCUCAGUCACCUGGAAAUUUGUGCUGAUGCGUUUCCUGGAUCCUCGGCCACUUACCGAAUUCUUGAGGUUGGUUGUGGUGUAGGAAACACGGUCUUUCCAAUUUUACAAACUAACAAUAAUCCAGGCGUCUUCAUUUACUGCUGUGAUUUUUCUUCCUUGGCCAUUGAAUUGGUCCGGACAAACUCAGAAUAUGAUCCUUCUCGAUGUUUUGCCUUUGUUCAUAAUCUUUGUGAUGAAGAUCAGAGUUACCCGGUGCCGUGGGAUAGUCUUGAUGUCAUCGUUCUCAUAUUUGUUCUUUCAGCAAUUGUCCCAGACAAAAUGCAGGGAGCUAUCAACAGGCUAAGCAGACUCCUGAAGCCUGGAGGGGUGAUGCUUCUUCGAGACUAUGGCCGCUAUGACAUGGCUCAGCUUCGGUUUAAAAAUGGUCAGUGUCUAUCAGGAAAUUUCUACGUGAGAGGUGAUGGCACCAGAGUUUACUUCUUCACACAAGAUGAACUGGACAUACUUUUCACUACUGCGGGACUGGAAAAGGUGCAGAACCUGGUAGAUCGCCGGUUGCAAGUGAACCGAGGGAAACAACUGACAAUGUACCGAGUCUGGAUUCAGUGCAAAUACCGCAAGCCUCUCGUGCCUAGCACCAGUUGAGAGGCGCCUACUUCUCACCCAACACAAGUUCAUCAUCUUUUGGUACUUUUGUAAAAAGGCAUCCAUAGGGCUGGAGAGAUGGCUCAGUAGUUAAGAGCACUGGCUGCUCUUAUGAGGACCAUGGUCCACGUCCCAGUACUCACAUGGCAUGUUCCAAGGGAUCCAACGCCCUAUUCUGGCCUUCCUGGGCAUCGCAUGCAUACGGUACACAUAUACAUGUAAGCAAAAUACUCAUACACGUAAAAACACAUUUUAAAAAAGAAAGCAUCCAGAAAUGGUGGCUUAUUGAUGUUGAAUGGUUUAAGAAUUCAAAAAGACUCAAACCUUAAGCCUAGGAAAAAUUUUUAUCAAUAUAUACUUUCUCAAAUUUUUUUAUUUUAUUUUUUACAUUUAAUUAUUUAUUUGGCAGGAAGGGGACAAUACCAUGGUGAAUCUUAGGAGAUCAGAGGACAAUUUCAGGAGUUGGUUCUCUCCUAUCAUAUAGGACCCAAGAGUUGAACUCAGAUCAUCAGACUUAGCAGCAAAUGUCUAUCCACUGAACUAUCUCAGCAACCCCCAAA